AUGCCCUCGCGCCAGCCCCCGCCGCCCGAUGCCUCCCCGCCUCCGGCAUCCGCCGUCUUCUCCCACCUCCCAUCCCACGCCCGCCACCACCUCCCGCCAUCCGCGGUAGCCUCCGCCACGGCCUCGGCGGCGCUUAUCCUGGUCGCCCUCGCGCUGUUCCUCUGGCUGCGGCGGGGCCGGAAGCGUGCCCCGGCAGCCCCAACCACGCAGCCCGCGCCGGCCCUACGUAGGCUCUCCUACCAGCAGCUGCGGCGCGCCACAGGCAACUUCGCGGCGGGGAGCAAGCUGGGGCAGGGCGGGUUCGGCCCGGUCUUCCGCGGCGCGCUGCCCCGGUCGGGCCAGCCCGUGGCCGUCAAGGCCAUGGACGCCGCGGGGUCGCUCCAGGGCGAGCGCGAGUUCCACAACGAGCUCGCCCUCGCCUCCCACCUCUCCGUCCCCACCGCCACGCCACACAUCCUCCUGCCCUUCGCCUACUCGCUCUCCGCCUCGGCCCGCCCCUGCCGCCGCCGGAUGAUGCUCGUCUACGACCUCAUGCCCAACGGCUCGCUGCAGGACGCGCUGCUGGGCCGGAGGACCUGCCCGGACCUCGUCUCCCGCUGGCCGCGCCGCCUCGCCGUCGCCAGGGACGUCGCCGCCGCGCUCCACUACCUCCAUUUCGUCGCGCACCCGCCGGUCGUCCACGGCGACGUCAAGCCCAGCAACGUGCUGCUCGAUGCCCACCUCCGCGCUCGCCUCUCCGAUUUCGGGCUCGCGCGGAUCAAGUCUGAAGAAGAAGAAAACGGUGAGCUACAUAGCGGGGGUGCGCUUGGGGACAGUGGGGUCGUGAUUGGAAUUCCAGGCCACGAUGAUGGAUCAGUGGCUGCCGAGAGCACCACUACCGCUGCAGUGAAUGACGGUGCCACCAAGUCGGCCGAGGAUGAUGAGGGGCUCGCCACGGCCUCGCUUGCAGAGGCGGUGUCGGCUUCCGGGUGCGACAAGACUAGCAUUGGCAGUGGGUUUACUGGACGAAGCUGCAAUGCUGGAGCUGCUGCAGCGUCCGGAGGAGCUAGGACUAGUGACUGGUGGUGGCGUCAGGAUAACGGUGGCGGCGUUGGUGUGAAGGACUAUGUGAUGGAAUGGAUAAGGUCCGAGAUCAAGAAGGAGAGGCCGAAGAACGAUUGGAUUGCGGGAGCUUCCACAACCACCAAUACAACAGCCUCAACGGAGAAGAGGAAGCCGAAGCGCAGGGCGCGGGAGUGGUGGCGCGAGGAGUACGCCGAGGAGCUCACCAAGAAGCAGAAGCGGCGGGCGCUCGCUAAGUCGAAGAGCGACGCUGGUGCGAUCGCUGGCAUGCAGUGGUGGGAGAGGGACUGCGAUGAAGAGGAGAAGGGGCAGUCGAGGUGGAGGAUGAUGAAAAGCUGGAGCCGGAGGAGCAACAACGGCAACGGCAGUGGCGGCAUUGAUUGGUGGAUUGACGGUGUGAGGAGGAGUAGCAGGGAUUGGGCUAGCACAGAAUUUGUGCCCAAGAGUGGCGGAGCUGUGAGCAGCACACCGAGCAUGCGCGGCACCGUCUGCUAUGUGGCUCCUGAGUACGGCGGCGGCGGGCCUCUGUCGGAGAAGUGCGACAUUUACAGCUUCGGUGUUCUGUUGCUAGUUCUUAUCUCUGGACGCCGCCCGCUCCAGGUGACAGCCUCACCCAUGUCAGAGUUUGAGAAGGCGAGCCUCAUUUCGUGGGCAAGGCAUCUUGCCCAUGUUGGCCGCUUGCUUGAUCUUGUAGACUCUGCCCUCCUGGAUGUUAACCGUGACCAGGCGCUGCUAUGCAUUACCGUUGCACUCCUCUGUAUCCAGAGGUCGCCAGCUCGGCGCCCAUCAAGCGAGGAGGUGCUUGAAAUGCUCUCUGGUGAGGGUGAACCACCACAUCUCCCAAUAGAGUUCUCGCCAUCGCCUCCUGGGGGUUUACCUUUGAGAUCCCGCAAGAAAGGCCGGUGAGUUUAGUUUGUUGGUUAGAUGAAAAAAGGUAGCUAGUUCUCUAUUCCUUUGCCUGUUUCUUCUUGUACACCAC